AUGAUCUCUUUUGAAAUGUUUUUUGUGGCCCUGAAAAGGACGGACGGCGGUCUGGAUGCUGAGCGUGUUGGUGCCGGUGCUCCCGUCUAUUUAGCCGCUGUCAUGGAAUAUUUGGCUGCUAAAGUCUUGGAAGUGGCUGGCAAUGCUGCUCGUGACAACAAGAAGACUCGUAUCAUUCCCCGUCACUUGCAAUUGGCCAUCCGUAACGACGAAGAAUUGAACAAAUUGCUGUCUGGCGUUACCAUUGCCCAAGGUGGUGUAUUGCCAAACAUCCAAGCUGUUCUCUUGCCCAAGAAGACCGAAAAGAAAGCCUAAAUUAUUUCGAAAGGUAUUAUGGAAUGAAGAAGAAGAAUACAGACCAUCGUAUAAUUCCAUAGAAAAAUCAACCAAUCCGUCCUUUUCA